AUGAGCAGAUCGGACAACCAGUCGCUGCCAUCGUCCGACGCAGUAGCAACCACUGCACUUGGCAGCGCGGUCGACCCGCUCGCAGCAGGAGGCGGCGGCAGUAGAAGUCAGUCGCAGCAACCGUUGUCACUGUCGCACCAUCACCACCACCAGUCACUGUCCCAUCAGCUGCACCACUACCCGUUCGGUCAGCAACCACCGGGCAGCUAUCUACCGGCGGCGGCGCACUACCACCAGCAGCACCAACACCAUAUGCACCACCAGUCGGCCGUGUCCUUGUCGAGUUCACUGUUGUCGCAGCGAUAUCACCAUCCGCACCACCAUCACCACCACGGCCGAACGCAAACGACCGUCCUUUCGCAGUGGCUCCAGCAGCAGCAACAGCAGCAGCAGCAGCAGCAGGCGGCCUCGGAAAGGAACGAUCCGAACGGCCAGUACUAUUACUAUUAUUACUACUGA